AUGUCGGCGGCACCUCUGCACUAUCCAGCCCAACAAGACAGCGUCAAUGGAUCGAAUGGCUCGGCUUCAGAACAGCCAUCGCAGCCCCCACCACACAAGAGAGUCUAUCAGGCUUGCAUCCCAUGUCGACGACGUAAAGUCAAGUGCGACCUAGGAAGUGUUGAUAACCCAGGAGAUCCACCAUGUGUGCGAUGCCGCAGAGAGAGCAAGGAGUGCUUCUUCUCUGCGACGAGGCGUAAGAGAAAGAAUGAGGACGGGGAUGGGGGUGAAGAUAGUUUGGAUGGUUACGAGUACAACGAUGAUUAUAUUACUCGUAAUGGCCGGAAGAUGGCUCAAGCCUCCCCACCUCCACCUCAUCCUGCCUCCGUUCGUCAGAGUUCCAUGGGAGCGCCUCCUUCUCGGUCUGCUCCAUGGUCAGAUAAUUCUCCUGUCAUGCAAGGUCCUCCUCUGACCCCCGGAGGCUCCAUCGGACGAUCGCAGCCUUUGCGCCGACCAACCAAGGCGCAAAGGGAGCAAGCGCAGAGGGACGAACGAAAUGCAGAGGAGGCGGAUACACAUGUGGAAAAUCUAGAGGCACAGAAUGUUAUGCGCCGAGAGGUCUACGGCCCUCAUGAUGCGUUGGAUCUUCUGUACAAAGCUGCCACCGAUAGCCCAGGACAUAGUAGGACCAAAAGCAGUAGUCAAAUGUCUCCUGUACUUGGUAACGAUGACUCCAGAAAUCUUCCGCAAUCAUCACCUUUGCAACAUGCCAACCGUCCUUUCCAAUCGAACUACAUGCCUCCCCCAGAAACAAGCCGAGAUGCUGCUAUUGACCCAGCGCUAGCAGCAGAAGGCCCGCACAAGCAGGAUCCUUCUCAAGAACAAGGCUAUAAGGACGCAAUUAAAUCCUGGUCUAGAUUCAGAUUCGUUCGUGCUGGCUGGUUCACUCCUGCUGAAGCUAUCGAUUACAUUGCUUACUACUAUGAAUACCUCUCUCCCUUAACACCUAUUUCACCUCCUACGUUCAAGGAUCCCGCAACCCAUCAUACACUCCUUACGGAAGAGCCAAUCCUCACAGUCACGCUUUUGACCAUAGCCACACGAUAUAAACAAAUAUCAGGGGCGGGUGGACAUUGUCGGUCUCACGCAAUUCAUGAGCAGCUCUGGACCUACCUCCGAGGAAUGAUUGAAAGAUGUCUUUGGGGCCAGGAAGCUUUUGGUGGUGGUUUCUGUGGAUCCGGAGCGGACUUGAGUGAAGCUCAAACUUCCAGCACGGCCCCUUGGCGAGGCCUGAGGAAGGGCAGUCUAAGAACUCUGGGUACUAUUGAAAGUCUUAUGAUUUUGACUGAAUGGCACCCUCGUGCAUUGCACUUCCCCCCUGCUGAAGCUACGGAUGAGCUUAUGCUUCCCUCGUAUGAUGUAGCGGACACCUACAGUACAGACGAUGAGAAUGGUCAUCGUCAACCCGGAGGUGUAGGCGGAAAACGGAUUGAAAGUUGGCUGGAACCUGCAUGGAGAAGCGAUCGCAUGUGCUGGAUGCUCCUAAGCACUGGAAUGGGUCUUUCCUACGAGCUCGGUGUAUUCGACAACAUCGAUGAACUCCUGGCUGCUGGCGGAGAAAUGAUGAGACCAGAGUAUGAUGAUGAAGCUUAUCGAUUGAGAGCUGCUAGAAUUAAGCGACUCCUUUUGAUCUAUGUCACUCAAUUAGCUGGUCGCCUUGGUUGGACGAACAUGGUUCCAGAGAACUUGCGUGUUAACGACCCGGCUUUUGCACCGCGUAAGAGGAGAGCAUCAGUCGAAGGCAAGACUCCCGAGACUGCCACGACCAUGUCAAAUACAUUUAACUAUAUUCCAAACCUCGAGCUCGACGACCAAAUCAUCCACUGUUGGGCUGGAAUUAGCAAUGCCAUGCGUCUUGGUAACGAAAGGCUUUUCAAAUCUCGACAGUACACGACCAAGAUCAUCCAGGACGGAAGCUAUCUCGGACUCCUCAAAGAUUUCAAGCCUAUGCUUGAUGCUUGGAGAAAGGAGUUUGAACGUUUUCAACUACCUCAAUACAUUGGACACAUACUUCGGAUCGAGUAUGAGUAUGUCAGAAUUUAUGUUAACUCACUAUCUCUUCAAGCCGUCGUUGAAAGAUGUACCAGCAAUGCGGUUCCCAAUUCAAACGGCUCUGGAUAUCCUCAUAGCGGUGCAGCGUCGGCAAAUGUUCCAUUAUCUCCCGAGACCCAGAAUUACUACGGCAAACUGCCAUUGGCGAAACUUGGUGGUUUUGGCACAGCUGACCAAGGCUAUGUCCGAGAAGUUGUGGAAGGAAGUCGAAAGUUACUCGAAACUGUCGUUGAAGGACUCUUGCCAGGCGAUUAUCUCAAGCAUGCUCCAGUCAGAACAUACUUCCGCAUUAUCAGUGGCGCCAUGUUCUUAUUGAAGACUUUCGCGCUAGGAGCGUCCAAAAACGAUGUAGAGAUUAGUAUCGGAUUAAUGGAUCGCGCAGUCGAUGCUCUUAGGAAUUGCGUAGUCGACGACGUCCAUCUCGGAAUCCGUUUUGCAGACCUCCUCGAGACCUUAACGUCGCGCCUGCGCAGUCGGUUUAUCAGCGCUCCCCCACAAGGCCCGCCUGCCCGCAGCCCGGUCAUGCACCAGGAGCCCGACGCGAAGAGGAUGAAGAUCAACCACAACGAGCAGAUCCGCGAAUGGAAUGCCGGCACGCCGAAUGUUGCAAACAUGCCUAAUAGUAAUGGGCAGGGUGAGUUCAAUCUGUCUUCCUUGGUGUACAACAACGAAACAAUAUUAAUUAACAAUAAUGUACGAGCAGAUCUCCACGUCUCAGCCACGCCAUUCGAUCUCAAUCAGGGUGCCUUCUUUGGUAAUACUGCAGGCACAGCUUAUAGCCAGUCUCAGCAGUACGACGGCAUCACGGAUGUCUUUGGUGGCAGUAAUCACUGGAGUAGUAAUAACGAGAUGUGGUACCUGCCGCCGGGCCCGCAGUUCUAUCGUGCUGUUAAUGAUCAGGCCAUCACGCAGACAGCGGAUGGCGUUAAUGUCGGUGGUAUGGACCUGCUGGAUUUCAUGACGAUGGAUAAUUAUGCCCCGCUGGAUGGCACGGCGCACAACAGUGCUGGGUUUUGA